AUUGUCCUAAUAUUCCAAAACGUGUGCUGUUUGUUUGUUUAGGUCCACCAGAUCCAGUGUUUGGUUUCAAUUCUUCUAUCUCUGGCAUUCACUCUUUUAAUCUCUCAUGGAUUCCAAUUUCCUUCUCCUUUCCAUUCAACUACUCUAUCUCGAUUAGACCCACUGCCAGUAAAGCUACUAUUGAGAAUGUUCUCCUAAAUCAGAAUAUGACGAGUUACAUUUACAAGGGCAACACAAGUCUUGAGUGUGAAGAGUACAACUUUACUAUAAGGACAGUCAAUGGAGCUGGCAGCAGUAAUGAGUCAGGAGUUCUCACAUUAACACUACCUGAUGUUCCUAGUACUACAACUAUUAAUAGUUCAUUGGUCUCUUUUGACUCUAAUGCCACUCCAUUAAUAACACUCACCUUCAAUGCUCCUAUAACAUGCACUGUUUAUCCAGUCAUUUUCUAUUCUCUUAUGCUAAGAGUUCAAUAUUCUUCUAAUAAUAUUUCGUUGAUGAUUCCAGUUGAAAACACCCAAUUACAUGAUAGUAAAGGCAUUAUCUCUUUCAGUAAUGGUAGUAUAGAGUAUGAUGAAGAUUAUAUGGUAUCUAUUGCUGCUGUGAAUGAUGUUGGUGUUUCAGAGGCUAGCCCAGAAAGGAGAAUAAUUACAUCAAGUCUUCAAAGCAUUAGUGCUUCACUCCAUGGCUAUCAACUGAGAAUUAUUUGUCAUUUUGCUAAUGGCAGGCUAUCGACUGGUUGCUUUGUAAUUGUUGCUCUAGUGAAUGAAACAGAAUUAAUCAGUGAGAGUAUUAUUCGACCUCAACUUGAUUCCUUAACCUCAAACACAACCAUUACAUUGACCAUGGAUCAUCUUCAUCUCCCAUUGGUUGUUAUUGGAAGUGAUUACAACAAUCCUGCAGAUAUUGGGCUCGUUAGAAUUACAGCAACUCCUUUAUUAAUCAGUGGUCCUGCAGAUCCAAAUGACACUGUUAUCCCUAAUACUCCUACAUCUAUCAUUACUACAUCAGUUACUCCUAGCAUAUCAACUGCUACUGGUUCUAUCAUUAAUACUCCUACCACUACACCUCAAACUUCAGGUUAAUGUUAUUGUUUUUAU